UUUGAGACCGCGACGUCCCAACUCGUGCACCACCCCGAGUACAACUCCACCCUCAUCCUCCGCUCCGAGGUCCUCGCAGACUACGCAGGUUCAGACGCAUUACAACCGUCAGUUCCUGGACUCGAAGGAUUCACACCAAUCCGCACCAUCCACCGCCGUCUCCUUCCCCGCCGACCAGGCCGCGAUGCCGCCCUCGAUCAGCACUGCACAUUCUACACCUCAUCCUCCCCAUCCGCUCGCGAUGCCGCCGACGCACCACCAUCGUCAAUCUCCGUGCUCGUGCUCACCCCCCUCCUCCAGCCCGGCACCCAGCUCCCGUAUUUCCACCCUCUAGUCUCUCAUCUCGCCUUCCGCCUCCUCCCUGCCUCCUCCACCUCGUCCGCGUCCCUCCGCAUCGAUGCGCACCCCCUCCCCGCCUCCUCCAUUCCGACCGAUCCCGACUCGCGCCUGCACCGCACGGCGCUCGCGCUGCUCGAGACGCUCCACCGCUACGCCUGGGGCGCGCACACGCAGUACCGCAAGCGCGUCGCACAUGACACGCUCGUCCCGCGCGACACAUACCAGGACCUGUACCUCGUCAUGCGCGAGCGGUGGAAGCACGUCGUGGGUGAGUGGAGGGAGGCGACCGAUCCUCUCAAGCACGUGUUCGAGGACGUCGGCAUCGCCACGUUUCUCAUGCUCCUCUGGAAAGACACGUACAAAGAUGAGCAUGGUGGAGACGAACACGGACCUCAAGACUUGGUGUCCGAGCCAUGGAAGCGCUGGCCACGCCCUCCCGGCGGCUUCGUCGACAUGGGCUGCGGCAAUGGCCUUCUCACGCACAUCCUUAUCUCAGAAGGGUAUGCCGGCACGGGGUUCGACCUCCGCGAGCGCUCGUCCUGGACACACUACCCUCCACGCACACGCGCCGCGCUCUCCGUACGUGAAGCGUAUGAAGACACAGGCGAUGCGCCCGUGCUCGACCUCCCGCGCGGCGCGUUCCUCAUCGGGAACCACGCCGACGAGCUCACGCCGUGGCUCCCCGUGCUCGCAGCGCGCGCAGGCGUGGGCACGUCGGGGUACCUCUCCAUUCCGUGCUGCGCGUGGACCGACUCCGCGGAUGCGGGGCGGGAUGCGCAGGGUGAGCAGGAGGCGACGUUCGCGGCGGCGCUGAACCUGGGGUCGGACAACCAGCUCGGGAGCGCGUACGCGCGCUAUCGGGUGUGGCUUGCGAGUUUGAGCGCAUGGCUGGGUUGGGAGGUCGAGGUGGAGGUGCUGCGCAUCCCGAGCACGCGCAAUUGGGCGAUCGUGGGU